UGGGCUUGUGACGAGAUCACAGGAAAAGGAGUCGAGGCAGGGCAAGUGCAGCUGUCAAAGUCGCGGCUGAUGUGAAAGAACAAAUUGCCGUUUUGGGAUGCGUAUUACUGGACAAGUGCAUUACAGUUUGUUGAAUUUAAUCUGGCAAGUGUAAAGAUGUUUUCUCGGAAGAGAAAGGAACUGUCCAAAGCGCCUUCGAUUUCAAAGAAGACUCAGUCAGGAAAUCCUCCACCGCACAACACCUCACUAUCCAUUCUUCAGGAGCAGCCUCACAGAGACACUAUUGAUGGUCUGUCCACUCAGGCUCUGCCGGACUCUGUCCCCUCUUCAUGUCCCAGCACGCCGGCCAUCCACUCCAAGCUGAGUGCGUGCUCCUCACCAGCCCCUAAUCUCAAACGCCCCACAGGCCUCAGUCGGCAUGCCAGUGCUGCUGGCUUCCCUUUCCAGACUGCUGGAACCUGGGGCUUCAACAAGGCCCAUGGCAGGGCUGCCAUGGCCCAUAGCCCAACCAUGGAGAACGCAGAGGGGACUGUCAUCGACGUGGAGGAAAUCCCUCCCCUACUAAGGGAUGUGGCCCGCUUUGCAGAUGCUGUGGAGAAGUUGAAGGAUGUGGUGCUGGUGGAAGAGAAGGAGUCUCGGAGGGCUGUGGCUCACGAGUGUUUGGGGAAGGUGUUACGUGUCCUGCGGCAGGUGAUCAGCACAUAUCCUCUUCUCAACACAGUGGAAACGCUCACAGCUGCUGGCACACUCAUCUCAAAGGUCAAAGGCUUCAGCUACGAGGGUAGCAAUGAGGCACAGAAGAAGGACUUUGAGAAAGCCAUCGAGACCAUCGCAGUGGCCUUCAGCAGCAAUGUGUCCGAGUUGCUGAUGGGGGAGGUCGACAGCAGUACCCUUCUGUCUCUGCCUCCCACAGAGAAAAGCAGGUCUAUGGAGAACCUGUGUGGAUCAUCAGCAGGACAGGGCAAGGAGGGAGUGGGCCAGUGUGACCAUGAAGACUGCAUGAUGAGCCCAGAGGAGGUGGAUAUCCUGCUGCAACACAGUGAAGGUGGGGUAGACUCGGCGCUGUCCUAUGCAAAAACCAUCGCCAAGUACAUGAAGGACAUCAUCACUUAUGUGGACAAACGCAUCGCUCUGGAGAUGGAGUUUGCUAAAGGACUUCAGAGGCUGUACCAGCCGAGCAAGCAGAGCAUCACUCAGAACCACAUGCCCUUGCUGUCUAUCUUUUCUCUGGCUCUAGAGCAGGACUUGGAGCAGAGUAUUGGAGUGCAGCAGUCCACGAACUCUGUCCUAACACAUUCCUUUCUACAGCCACUCCUGCAGCGUAAACAGGAGCAUGAGAAGAAGCGAAGAGAGAUAAAAGAGCAGUGGCAGAGGGCCAAGAGGAAACUGGCGGAGGCAGAAAAUAACCUGCGUAAGGCACGACAGUGGUACCUGACCCGCUGUGAAGAGUAUGAGAAGGCUCGUUCGGUGGCCAAUAAAGUGGAGGAAGAGCACAGCGGAACAGGAAGUGGCUCCACCAACAAAGCGCUGGACAGGAAGAGACGACUAGAGGAGGAAGCCCGCAACAAGGCAGAGGAGGCUGAGGCCACGUAUCGAACGUGUAUUGCUGAUGCCACCACUCAACAGCAGGACCUGGAGGAUGUGAAGGUGAACGUGCUCAAACAGAUACAGGAUGUCAUCAAACAGAGUGACCAGAUACUGCGGGCGUGCACCAUCUCGUACUACCAGAUCCUGCAUAUGCAAACGGCGGCAUUGCCUGUGCACUACCAGACACUAUGUGAGAGCUGUAAGCUGUAUGACCCAGGCCAGCAGUAUGCUGCUCAUGUCAAAAACCUGCGCCUGAGGGCAGAGCCCAUCACAGUCUACCAGUUUGAGCCAUACUCCGCCUCCAGCACACAUCCUGCUCGUUUACGCCAUGACAGCCUAAACGAAGACCAGCGGCACAGCAGUAAUGAAGCUCCAACCACCAAUGAGGAGGCAGCAUCUGGAGAUGGGGGUGUGGUCAAGCACAGAAGAGGUCGAGGUCAUCAGGCUCAUAAGUCUUGGCCCUCCACUCUGAGUGACACAGAUAGUGUGGGAGGAGGAAGUGGCUUGGGCUCUCCCACCACCAGCACAGGAGAUAUUUCUAAGGUUCCACGGCCGGUGUCGGCUGGUACCUUGUCAUCAAAUGAGGACAUAGAUGAACAGGACAGUAAUGUAGCUUCUUUUGAACAAAGUAUGAAUGGAAUUGAGCCAGAGAUGACUGUGCCCACUGGCCCAUUUCGAAACGUGGGUCUUUCCAAAGCUGCCAAGACACAUCGGCUACGGAAACUCCGCACUCCAUCCAAGUGCCGGGAGUGUGACAGCUACGUGUACUUCCAGGGAGCAGAGUGUGAGGAGUGUUUCCUGGCCUGUCAUAAAAAGUGUCUGGAAUCCCUGGCAAUCCAGUGUGGUCACAAAAAGUUGCAGGGCCGACUGCAGCUGUUUGGCCGAGACUUUGCCCAGGUGCUGCAGGGCAACUCAGAGGGAGUGCCCUUCAUCAUCAAGAAGUGCAUCCAGGAGAUCGAGAGGAGAGCACUCAGGAUGAAAGGGAUAUACCGUGUAAAUGGAGUGAAGACUCGAGUGGAGAAGCUGUGCCAGGCAUUUGAGAAUGGCAAAGAGCUGGUGGAGCUCUCUCAGGCUUCUCCUCAUGACAUCAGCAACGUGCUCAAGCUCUACCUGCGACAGCUCCCCGAGCCCAUCAUGCCAUUCCGUAUGUAUAACGAUCUCAUGGGGCUGGCUAAGGAGAGCCUUAACUCUGAGAGUCCAGUGGGAGGAGAAGGGGCUAAAGGCCCAGAGCUGGAGGACCUGGGGCCACAAACUGACCCAAAGGUGAUCACUCUGGUGGAGAAACUCAGAGACCUGCUUAAGGAUCUUCCACCUGCCAACACCGCCACACUGAAAUGUAUUGUGCGGCACCUGCACAGAGUGGCUCAGCUGGAGCAGGACAAUAAGAUGAGCACAAGUAAUCUGGGUAUCGUGUUUGGGCCAACGCUGAUGAGACCCAGACCCACAGGUGCCACUGUCUCACUCUCCUCUCUGGUAGACUACCCGCACCAGGCCCGCAUCGUGGAGGCCCUCAUCAUCUUCCAGCAGCACAUCUUCGUCUCCUCUGAAUCUCGUCCCCUCUCCUCUUCCUCUCUGAUCUUCAUGUGCCAGGGCCAGGAAAGUCCUGAUGGAGCUCAAGAAGGUGAGGAGGAGCAGAGCAUACUGAUCACAGAGCAGGACUGUGGUAACUCUCUGGGUUCGUCCGGCUCUCGAGAACGCUUUCUGGACUCUGACUCCGAGGCUGAGGAGUUAGGCAAAGUGAGCAAACAGCGCCCACCUCUGGUUAGCCAGGAGAGUGAAACCAGCACAGAGGAUGACCAGCUGAGUCCCAGAGUCAGCCUGGACCUCAGCACCAUCGUACCAGAAACCAUCCCAGAGCAGCCUGUCAGCACACCUGACUCUGAACCAGCAGAUUCCGAAUAGCUUUCGGAUCAUUAGAGAACUACAAAUGGGAAUCUAUCUGCAAUACUACCAUGGUAAUAUUUUUGAUGGCUUAAGUAUAAAAAGUGUAAAAAAUGGCCAGUCCACAGCCAGGACUCGACUAAUUUUUUGUUGUUUUUGUUUAUUUCUAAAUGUAUCCUCUAUAUUUGAAAGUUGUUUCAGGCUUAUUUCCAAAGAGAUAUUUUGUGAUGUUUAAUAUUCUAUAAUGACCUUAGGACAAUAUUUCAGUCAUCUGAAUUGCAUUCUCUAUGCGCCUACUCUAUAAAGCAGAUUCUGGAACAUCGUUGAUGGUCCUAGUACAAAUAUUAUGCUACAAUAAAAGCACUAGAGCACACUCUAGAGCUAGAGUACAGCAGGAUUAUUUGAAUAGGUUUACUACUGAUACUUAAACUACAUUGCUGUACAUCUCAAGAUCAGUCUACAUUACAAUUUUUUACUUUUUGUACUAAGUUAUAGUUUAUACCAUUUAUAUUGUUGGAUUUCAGUAUUUUAUUACCUGCCAACAUCUUUUAAUUCAUCUGCUUGAUUUCAGCAAGACAUUGUUUGGAAGAUAUUAGUAUUUUUUCCGCAUGAGUUUUCUAUAAAUGACAAGAAAAUUAUUUAAUCUUAACUUGGGGAAAAAAUGUGUAUGAUAUUCUAUACGUUUGUAUUUGCGGUAUUAGCUUACUGCUGGUCAGUGCGCUACAUCUGAUACCUAUAUUGACUAUCCAGCAGAUUUUCAGAUUAUUAUUCAGUACAUCACAGCAUACAUAUUUAGAGAGGUUUCCCUUAAACAAAUAUUCCCCUUGGUAUAUUUAAAUCAUAUUUUAUGUUUUUUUUUUUUAAAUAUUGUGUUUUACUUGUUUUUACUGUAUAUAUAUUUAGGCCAUGGUCGAAUCUGCUACUGUCUCUAAUUUGUAAUGUUAUAUGUUAAAUGCAAGAUGUUCUAAAGGCAAUUGGCACUGAAUUUUUUUCAUUUCAUUCCGCUUAUGUCUGCUGUAUCAAAGUAAACUGGAAACCAAAUCCUUAAUUGUUAAACUCAGGUAUAUAAUAAUAAUAUAUAUUGAGAUCAACAAAGACAGCGCCCUGGUGUUCAGCUAAACUCUUUAAAGUACUGUUCGGAAUUUUUUUUUUUUUUUUUUUUUAACCUGAUGUGGUUGUUAAGACAUUUUAUAUUGCAUUGCAAAAUGUUCUGUAGAUGCCAGAUGUUUUCAAUAUAGAAUUACAGUAGCAUUUGUUAAUUCACUCAUUUGGGUCUAAAAUAUACUGGUGUUAGUUUGUCUUGUCUAACUCCUUUACUUUAAAAAUGAGGUUUUACGUACUUCAAGAAUGGACUUUUAUCAUAAGGUCACAGGUACGGUUUCUUUCUGAUGACUUCGCCACGUAGAUCAUAAGUUUUCUUGAUCUUGUAAAUCCCUUCUCCUUCUACAGAUCCACUUUUCUGCCAUUUCUUAGACAUUUCAGACAGUGGAAACUGAGCUGGAAGCUCUUUGAUAUUUUGUUAUAUUGUUUUUCUGCUUUGUAGACAUCAGUCAGCUUCAUUUUCAGAUUCCUAGCCAGCUUCUUGGAGGAGCCAGUGGUUGUUGAUUGUUAGUACAAGGUUUGAAGAGUGAGAGAAUUUUUACUCUGAAAUUCCUAAUGAAUCCCUGCCUGGAUGAGCCAGUUAACCCAGCGACUUAAGUGAAGUCCUGAGACUUAGCAUGUGCAAAAUUUGACACCAUCUAUUUGUUAUGUACUAUUUUUUUUUUAUUUAACUUAAUCAAAUAUAAGAAAGUACAUGGUA